AUGCUUCUCAAAAUUAUCUUUUUGGCUUGCCUGGCGGUCGCUUUUGCCGUCCCCAUAGGCCCUAUCAUCACCACCGGCUAUGGUGCGUGGAACCCCUACGGCAAUUACGGCGCGAACUACGCUGUAUCCGCCCAACACUCUAACAUUUUAAGAUCACCUUUUAAUCUUGGUCAGGUAUCGACAGAUACGAAAGCUAUCGACACACCGUUCUCGAGCGUGCGCAAAUCUGACAUCCGUAUCAGCAAUCCCGGUUUAGCCGUGGCACCUGCGUACACGCGGCUGGCAGCGCCUCUAGUUUCACAUAUUGGUGUAGCUGCGCCUUAUACGACCUCUUAUGCAGCUCCUGUCGCUAAGGUGGCUACAACUGCUGGUCUUCUUGGAGUGGCAUAUUCUCCUGCAUCAGCGGUAUCACACAUGACUUACACCAAUGGACUUGGUCUCACCUACGGCUGGUAA